AUGUUGUCUACCUCUCCUGCAUUGUUUUUUGCAAUAAUCACAGAUAAGGAUUUCCACGCCUUUUACAAUGCUUUAAAUGAAAAUAAUGUCGAUUCGAGUUCUAAAGAAGUUCGCAACAAGGUUAAAAAGCUUCUAAGCACAAUGAAGCAACAGGUAGUUUCUUUUUACCUGGCUCUUCGCUCUUUGUUGGGUUCGUCCUCGUGGAGAGGUGAGGCCCUGCAUCUCUGUCAAGCAGCCGAAUUAGGUAUCACUUUUGCAAAAUUUGAUAUUAAGAGGGUAAGUAAGAUGUGGUCUGAAAACGAUAAACAAAAUACUUUGAAAGAUGUUACGAACGUAGCGCCGUUUAAAAAACGAAGCAGAGAAGCGGACUUCGCUUCCUCGUCAAAAAUGAGGAAAUUAGAUGAAGAAACAGACGAUAAUACAUCAUCUAAGCAACAAAAACGGCCGGAUAAUGUAGGAAAACGCGAGUUACCACACUCAAUAACACGAUCGGAAGUUUAUAAAAGUAUAAACUUUAAGCAAGUUACGGUCGAAUACUUCCUUCGUCCAACCAACAAAUUAUUAAAAAUCUCCGAAUCGGUCCGAAGUUAUCUGGAUACAAAACCGAAACCAGUUAGCAAAUCGGCCGAGGGAGAGUUACAAACUUGGUUUAAUGGGCUAAUGGAAAAUGGCGAUCUUGAAGGACUUAUGCCAGACAUUAGUGAUUUCGAGAACAAUGAUGUUGAAGAAAGGGCAUUUGUCUCGAAGUACGCCCAUACGGUAUUUGAGAUAAAGAAACAAAAGCAGGUAUCCGGCUUAGCUGAUGAGGAUAAAGGCCAGCUGCUGGACUAUAUCCGCGUACUUCUUCAACAACAGCCAUUACGCCAAGUUUUCGCUAGCAACCUUUUGUUAUCAGGAGUUUCAAACGACAUUCACAAGAGGGUUGACCUUAUUUUUGCAGAUGAUUUCUCAAACUCACCUCUCAUAACUAUCGUCGAGAAUUAG